ACAACAUUCAGCGUUUGCAAGAUCUAGAGCUGCAUGUGUUUGAAGUGCAUCUGUAUAUCACAUCUGAAGCACCGAUUGUGACUGGUUGUAUUACACAGAGGUGCAUGAAUCUGACAGAUUUAGCAGUUACACUUCAUUUAUGAAGCCACAAUGAACUUUGAACCAGACAACAUCCCUGACCCAAACCUGUUCUAUACAUCAGACAAAGAGAAGACAUUUCAAUAUGACGAAUCUUUGCCAUCACUUCCUGUGCCAGAUUUACAGAAAACUCUCAGUAGAUACCUGGACUCGAUAAGACCACAUGUGACCCCCGAUGAAUACCGUCAGACUGAGUUCUUAGUCCAACAAUUUGGGUCUGGGGUAGGAAAGGAACUCCAUGAGAAACUGAAGAAAAAGGCACAAAACAUGAGGAACUGGCUGGAGGUAUGGUGGGAGGAUUUUGCAUAUUUGGAAGGGCGAUACCCAGAGGCACCAUUUGUAAACUUUGGAGGUCCUGGGCCCUACUUACACCAUUAUAUGCCUCCACAGGAAGGAACACAAGUAGAGCGUGGAUCUCUCAUAACCCACUAUGCUUUACAGUACUGGAAACUUAUCAGACAGGAGCGUUUGAAACCUGACAGGGAUCGAAAGGGUGCACACCUAUCUAUGAGUCAGUUCCAUCGUGCAUUUAACACAUGUAAAAUACCAGGUGUCAAGAAAGACAAACUCCUCUACUACUUCAAAACAGUGUCUGAAGGUGAUACUCCAAUCCACAUGGUGGUGUUUUGUCGUGGACGCAUCUUCACUUUGGAUUGUAUUGAUGAGCAUGGUGAGCCCCUCACAGCACCAGAACUUAAAGUCCAGUUUCAGAGGAUCAGAGACCAGUGUGAUAGUGAACCUGAAGGACCUGGGAUAGGUCAGCUUACAGCAGAUGAGCGAACAACGUGGGCACAGAUGAGGAGUCGUUUACUGGCUCUUCAUCCUGACAACCAUAAAAAUUUGGAGCUGAUCCAGAGUAGCUUGAUGGCUGUAGCCCUAGACGAGGACAGUCCUACAGAUGAAUCCAAUGUGUUUGAGAUGGCCCUGGCUGGAGACCCUCAGAAUCGCUGGUUUGACAAAUCUUCCAUCCUCAUUUACCAUAAGAAUGGGCUGACAUCAUCAAACUGUGAUCAUGCGCCAAUGGAUGCCAUGAUAGUUGUCUCCAGUACAUUCUUUAUUGACCUCAACAUCAUGCGCUGUAAAGGGAAGUGGCAGGGCUCCACAGAAAUUCGAGAUCUUGCCAAGCCAGAGGAAUUAGUGUUUCACAUUGAUGAUGUCAUCCGGGCUGGUAUAACCAAGGCAAGACAAAUGUACCUUGCCUAUGGGUCCAAUUUACGCUGCUGCACAAAACACUUCUUGGGGUAUGGUAGAAAGUAUCUCCGAUCUAAGAACCUUCAUCCAGACACACAUGUCCAACUCGCCAUGCAGUAUGCCUACUACAAGAUGCAUAAGAAGCCAGCACCUACAUAUGAGACGGCUACUACUCGUAAAUUCUACAGAUCUCGCACAGAGACGCUGCGAUCAUGUACAGUUGAACUUGUUGAUUGGUGUAAGGCAAUGGUGGACCCAAGUACAUCAACUGAGAAAAAGAUCAGACUGUACAUGAGGGCAGCAAACAAACACAAUAAGCUGAUGUCAGAGGCAACGCAACUACAAGGUUGUGAUCGCCACUUGUUAGGCCUGAUGUUGAUCGCUCGGGAGGAGGGACUUCCUACUCCUCUGUUGUAUGAAGACUCUUCCUAUAAAAAGAGUGGCGGAGGAGGUAACUUUGUCCUGUCGACUAGUUUUGUCGGCUACACGACCUGCUAUGGAGCUGUGGCUCCAAUGGUACAGGAUGGAUAUGGAACCUUUUACAGAGUGGAGGCAGAAAAGAUUGUUCCAGUGGUAACAUCAUGGCGGGUCAGUGAGGAGACAGAUGCUGAUAAAUUUGCCAGUGGAAUGAUGGAUGCAUUGGAAGAGCUGGGCAACCUGCUGGAUACAAUGACAUCAAAUACUGCAAAGCUAUAAUGGUGUCCUCAAUAAACAAUGAUAACCAUUUAGAUUGGUCAGACAGGAGAAGGUGUUUACAUAGAUCAAGUAUUAAGUAAAGUUUACAGGAACUGCUGAAGUAGCCACUUAAAAUUGUGAAGUUUGUAUUGAAUUCUACAAGUCAAGGCAAAAAUAGGGCGUAUUGUGUCUCUUCCUUAGAGACUGGAAUUAUUAGAAAAUGGCCGAAAUUUUAUACCAGGAGUCUGUGAUAUUGAAUUAGGAAAGUAAAUAUAAAAAGGGAAAGAUUCUGGUUUGACAGAAAAUUGAUUUUUAUGUUUGAAGUUUUAUUUUAUAUCACUUAAUAUUUACACGGAAUUUACCCAAUAUUAUACAUAUAAUUAUAUGUAGCUGUCAUCUUUUUGAUGAACA